CCAGGCCCCUCCUGAGUCGGUCUGGUCCCUCAUUCCACUCUAGAAAUUUUUCGGUUGAAGUUAUGCGCUUGACCUGGAAGAACCACGCUGCUGGCACCUGGGGAACCCUGUGAACUGGAACGGGAGAGGAGGGGACUCGAGGCUGUGGCCCCUGAGCCAGCUCUGGAGUCGGCAGAUAACACCUCCAAAGGGAUCUGGCUCCUUCCAGAGGUGCCCGGGAGCGCGCUGCGACCCUCGCCCGCCGGCAGGUGGAAUGGGGCAGCCAUGAACGGCGAUGCCCUGUGCCAGGAGCCCUCCUCCCCGCUCCCCGACUGGAGGGAGUUCUGCGAGCUGCACGCCCAGGCGGCCGCCGUCGACUUCGCCCAGAAGUUCUGCCAGUUCCUGAAGGAGAACCCCCACUACGACACCCCCGGGGCGGAGACCUCCUUCUCCCACCAUUUCGCCGCCAACUUCUUGGACAUCUUCAGCCUGGAGGUCAGCCGGGUGUUCGUGUCCGACUCCCCCACCAAGUACAACAUCGUGCCCUUCGUGGGGCUGCAGAACUGCCACGUCCCCUACGGACGUGAGGUCGCCCCGAGGAAGGAGGAGACGUCCACCGAGUCCCUGGACAGCAUGGACGCCCCGUUGGGCACGGGACGGUACCUGAGCCCAGCUCAGCAGGUGCAGGCACGCAAGGUGUCCUCCUACGGCCAGUCCCGCAGCUCGGAGGACGUCUCCAUCCACGCUGCCACCAAGCCCAAGUUCAAGAAAGGCUUCUCCUUGAGGAACAUGAGCUUGUGUGUGGUGGACGGUAUGAAGGAGAUGUGGCAUCGCAAGUCCUCUCCUGAGCCGGGCGCUGAGGCUGCCCCAGGUGGCCGGAGAGCCGAGAGGGAGCCAUGGCCAGCUGGAGGGGGCAAGGAGCCCGGUGACCCACGGGAAAAAUGGACCCACAAGCUGCGCCUGUCCAAGGUGCCCUCCUCCAAGGUGGAGCAGGUGGACAUCCAGAGGGAGGGGACGCUGCGCUACAUGGUGGCCGACGACACGAACUGUGUGGGGAGCUCACAGUGGCAGAAGUGCCGCCUCCUGCUGCGGAAAGCGGUGAAGGUGGAAGGAGAGAGGUUCCUCCUCGAGUUUUACGUCCCUCCGAAGGCUUCCAAACCCAAGGUGAGCAUCCCGCUCUCGGCCAUCAUCGAGGUCCGCACCACCAUGCCGUUGGAGAUGCCUGACAAAGACAACACCUUUGUCCUAAAGGUGGAGAACGGGGCCGAGUACAUCCUGGAGACCAUCGACUCCCUGCAGAAGCACUCCUGGGUGGCAGAUAUCCAGGACUGCAUCGACCCUGGGGACAGCGGGGACGACAUCGAGCUGGCGUCCUGCGCGCAGGGAGCCUGUCUGCCAGGCAGGGUGUCCUCCUGCAGCUGCGAGUUCCUGGCUGAUGAUGUGCCCAGACCGCCGGACAGAUGUGCCCUGCCUGGCACUCACACCACCACCAUGGCCACCGCCGUCCCUGCGCCCCACGGCCGGGGCAGGGACUCCAUGGGGGAGCUCCUCGCCCACGUCCCCCUGGAGAGCUUCCUGCAGACGCUGGAGUCUUCCCCCACUGCCAGUGGGCAUCUGGCAGGGGAGGACAACGAGGCGGAGGCAGAGAUCAACCUUUCUGACUUUCCCUGGUUCCAUGGGACUCUGUCGCGGAUCAAGGCGGCUCAGCUGGUGCUCUUUGGGGGUGCCCGGAGCCAUGGCUUGUUCGUCAUCCGUCAGAGCGAAACGCGGCCGGGGGAGUACGUGCUGACCUUCAACUUCCAGGGGAAAGCCAAGCACCUCCGCCUGUCGCUGAACGAGAGCGGGCAGUGCCACGUCCAGCACCUCUGGUUCCAGACCAUCUUCGACAUGCUGCGCCACUUCCACACACACCCCAUCCCUCUCGAGUCGGGCGGCGCGGCCGACAUCACCCUCCGCAGCUACGUCGUGGCCCAGAGCCCGCUGCCUGAUGCUGGCCCCCCACCAACCCUUCCGUCGCAGCCACCGGGCUGCCGGGUCGACCUGCCGCCUCCUCACUACUUCUGCAGCACGGCACCCACCGGCCUGCCAGCCCCACCACCCACCGAGGGGGUGGCCGUGGCCCCUGCUGUCACCGUCCCUGCACCCUACCACCGCCUGGAGGGUACCCUGGGCCCCCGGAGCCGCAGCGACAGCGCUGAGCGCAGGCCAGAGCCCCCCACCACCACCAGUGCUGAGGACUACCACGAGGCUGACGGUGCCCGGAGCCGGACCCGGGCGGUGGAAAACCAAUACUCCUUCUACUGACUCCCCCAUGCCUGGGGGCUGGGAUGGUUUUGGGAUGCGGGGUACCGCUGCACCAGCCUUGCCACCUCCUCCUGCCACCACCAGCAUCCCAGCCAGGAUGUCCCUCUCGCUCCCCGCCGCUUUCGGGAGCUGUGUGAGCAGCAGGUGAUGUCCCGGCUGGACCCGGUGCCAGCCCUGAGGUUGGGGCAGCGCUGGGGGUUUGGGAGGCUGAAAGCAUCAGUGCCAUUUUUGGAGCUUGCGGCCUCUUCCCUUUCCCUCCGGACCAAGAGCUCUCCCAGGGCCAAGCCGGGCUCCCUGCAUCUCCUCCCUGGGGAUGUCCCUCCUGGGAUGGCAGCAUGAAGCUGUGAUGGGCUCCUUCCUCCAGCCAAAGCACCUCGGCACAUUCCUUCUGGGGUGAGAGCCCAGCGUGGCCAACAUCCCUCCUGGCACCAUCGCCCUGCAAACCAGCUGCCGAGGGGCUCUGGUGGUUCAGGAUGACUGUGGAAGUGGCAGAUCCCCACAUGGAGGCUUUUCUUGCAGACGUGGAUCCGUGUGCCCGAAAGGGCAGCCCUGCAGAGGUGUGAGGGGUACACCUUUCCCACCCUCUGCCAGAAGGGUUUUUUUCCCAAAGCUCAACGAAUUGCAUUCGAGGAAGGUUUUUUUCCUGCUGUUCUGCCAUGUUUGUUCCUUUGUCCUUUCCCUCCUCGCUCUACUGAUGGAGAGUCCCUGGAUAACCCCUUUCUUCCUCCCUUUCUUCCUUGCUUUUUUUCAAAACCUAAGCUCUCUGCAAGGGCAUCAGCUCAGCCUUCUGCCUUCUCACUACCGCAGCUAGGAAAUAUUUUUCCAUUGCUCAAGGCAAACCUUGAAAAAUACGACAACACCCCUGCUUUGCAUCA